AUGAAGGGACUUCACGGCGGAAUUUUUAUUGCCAUACUGGCCACAGUAGCCCGAGCCCAAUCCCACCAAAUUAUCAGUGGCCCAGGUGGGGAUGACGUCGGAAACAGCGCGUCUGUGCCCUCCACAAAUGAAUUCGCAUCCUUGUAUGGUGAAAAGGACCAGGAUGACCAUUCGGUUGACAUCGAUAAAACAUUUGACUAUAACUAUGAAGUGCAUGACCACCCUGUUCUAGUUCCGGUCAAGGAGAAAAAGCCUGAGCCGAAGCCACACCAUCACCAGCCACCUUAUUAUCCCCAUCAGCCCCAUAAUACCCUGAUCGAUGGUUCAGGAGGUGUUGACACUGGAAACAGUGCGUCAGUCUCAACAAAUAACGCGUUUGCUUCGUUGUAUAACGAGGAUAAAAAGGAUGACCACUCGGUUGACAUCAAAGAAAACUUUGACUAUGACUAUGAAGAUCAUGGCCGCCCUGCUAAAGUCCCGGUCAAGGAGCGUAAGCCAGAUCCAAAAUCUUAUCAGAAGUCUUAG